AAAGAGGGCGAGGCUUCGCGUGACGUCACAAGCCAGUCCUGCGGAGGAGAAUAUCAUCACGUCAUAGCGCGGGCACACUUACAGCAAACACUUGCCUUAUCGCCUCUCGAUAUCAACAACAAGCAAAAAUGCGUGAGUGUAUCUCCAUCCACGUGGGUCAGGCUGGUGUCCAGAUUGGCAAUGCAUGCUGGGAGCUGUACUGCCUGGAACAUGGGAUCCAGCCUGAUGGACAGAUGCCCAGCGACAAGACCAUUGGGGGUGGAGAUGAUUCCUUCAACACCUUUUUCAGUGAGACCGGAGCUGGAAAACACGUCCCCAGAGCUGUUUUUGUGGACCUGGAGCCCACAGUCAUCGAUGAGGUGCGCUCUGGGACUUACCGCCAGCUCUUCCACCCUGAGCAGCUGAUCACUGGCAAGGAGGAUGCUGCCAACAACUACGCCCGUGGACACUACACCAUCGGCAAGGAGAUCAUCGACUUGGUGCUGGACAGGAUCCGCAAACUGGCCGACCAGUGCACCGGUCUCCAGGGCUUCCUGGUGUUCCACAGCUUCGGGGGCGGCACCGGCUCCGGGUUCACCUCCCUCCUGAUGGAGCGUCUGUCUGUAGACUACGGCAAGAAGUCCAAGCUGGAGUUCUCCAUCUACCCGGCUCCCCAGGUGUCCACGGCCGUGGUGGAGCCCUACAACUCCAUCCUGACCACACACACCACCCUGGAGCACUCGGACUGCGCCUUCAUGGUCGAUAACGAGGCCAUCUACGAUAUCUGCCGCAGGAACCUGGAUAUCGAGCGCCCCACUUACACCAACCUCAACCGGCUGAUCAGUCAGAUCGUGUCGUCCAUCACGGCUUCCCUCCGCUUCGACGGCGCCCUCAAUGUGGACCUGACCGAGUUCCAGACCAACUUGGUGCCGUACCCUCGCAUCCACUUCCCCCUGGCCACCUACGCUCCCGUCAUCUCGGCCGAGAAGGCGUAUCACGAGCAGCUCUCUGUGUCUGAAAUUACCAACGCCUGCUUCGAGCCGGCCAAUCAGAUGGUCAAGUGCGACCCCCGCCACGGCAAAUACAUGGCGUGCUGCCUCCUGUACCGUGGCGACGUGGUGCCCAAGGAUGUCAACGCCGCCAUCGCCACCAUCAAAACCAAGCGCUCCAUCCAGUUUGUGGACUGGUGCCCUACUGGUUUUAAGGUGGGCAUCAACUACCAGCCACCGACUGUGGUUCCUGGCGGCGACCUGGCCAAGGUCCAGAGGGCGGUGUGCAUGCUCAGCAACACCACCGCCGUGGCAGAGGCCUGGGCUCGACUGGACCACAAGUUCGACCUGAUGUACGCCAAGCGCGCCUUCGUCCACUGGUACGUCGGCGAGGGCAUGGAGGAGGGAGAGUUCUCUGAGGCCAGGGAGGACAUGGCCGCUCUGGAGAAGGAUUACGAGGAGGUCGGAGUCGACUCCAUUGAGGGUGAAGAUGAGGAGGAAGGAGAGGAGUAUUAAAAUGUUUCUCAGCAGUUCCAAAUUUACUUCAAAAUAAAAUCGGCUCUAAUUCACGUCUAACAUGAAGUCGUUGGUGGUUUAUACAGUGAUUGACUUGAAUUGUUAUUGUUCUUGUUAUAUUAUUUCAUAUACAUUUAAUAUCUGAGUUCAAAAAGUCGUUCUCUAAGUUAAUGUGUUGUUUUUUUAAUGUUUUUUUUUAGAUUUAUAUAUACUUUUAUUUAUAAAGUUCAACAUGUACAAACAAACAUAUGAACAAUAACAACCAAACAGUACACUAAGUAAGUUAAUGUGUACUAACAUGGAUGCUUGCCAGUGUUUGACGUCACUUCCUGUCAACCCGAUUUACGGCCCUUUGUUACCAUGGUUUUCGUUUUUUGUGUAAUCUUUAUUUCAACACCAAUGUCAUAUAAAAGAU